AUGACAUCUACAUCUACUAAAGAACAGGAAGAUGGCUGCUGGAAACUCAUUCUGGAAACCACGCGGACCAGUGAUGCAUCACAAGAUGAGUACAAAUACAAGAUCUCGGUGGUCCAUCUUCCCACAGGUCGGACAGUGAAGACCUUAACGGGUAGUGAUGUGAUGACCAAAUUUGGUGAAUUCGGAGAUGGAUACAAGCGCCCUGAACUGGUCAGAGGCAAGAAGGAUGGCAAAGACAUUGUGCAGCUGAAGGUCUUGGCUUGCAAGAAUGGUGAUGAUGAGGUUUUCGUGUUGAAGGAACCUGCUGCGAAGGCAUAG